GAGAGAGAGAGAGAGAGAGAGAGAGAAUCCUGAGUGCGCCUGAUCUAGUGAGCUGUUAGUGAGCUAGUCUUGGGUGCAGAAUGGUUUACCAGGUACUGUGUAUAACCGGGAUCGUGACUGUGUUCUUAUCUGUGGGAAUCUCCAUUCCAGUACCUGACCAAUACUCCCGGGGUGUGGACUGGUUGAGCCGGUAUGGAUACCUGCCGCCCCCAGAUGCCCGCAUAGGGAAACUUCAGACAAGGGAGGGCAUUGAGAAAGGACUUCGACAAAUGCAGAGAUUUGCUGGGCUAAAAGAGACUGGGAAGCUGGAUGAAGACACUCUUGCCCUUAUGGCGACCCCUCGCUGUUCUCUCCCUGAUAUUGUGGGACCAGAAGACAUGCUGAAAAAGAGGAGGAAGAGAUAUGCACUGUCAGGGCUGCGCUGGGACAAAAUGGACAUAACUUGGAGCAUCCACAGCUUCCCUUCCAUGGGCCCCUACAAACUGCCACCUCAGUCUGUUCAGGUGAUCCUUUCUCAUGCUCUCAAAGUGUGGAGCGAUGUUACACCACUGCUCUUUCGUCAUCUCCCUGAGAGCAACAGUGGAGGAGCAGGACAGGGGGGAGACAUAAGAGUGUCCUUCUCUCAAUCUUUUCAUGAUGAUGGAUACCCCUUUGAUGGUAUUGGAGGGACUCUUGCCCACGCAUUCUUCCCUGGCACUGGUGACAUUGCAGGGGAUACACACUUUGAUGAUGAGGAAAUCUGGAGCUAUCAAGGAAACAGUGGCAGCACAGACCUAUUCACAGUGGCUGUCCAUGAGUUUGGCCAUGCCUUAGGCCUCUCCCAUUCUUCUUCUGACCCCUCCAUCAUGAGGCCCUAUUACCAGGGUUCAGUUGGGGAGAUAGAUGCAUAUAAACUUCCUCUGGAUGACAGAAUGGCUAUCCAGUCACUGUAUGGGGUUCCAGGUGGUGCUCAGACUCCUGGUCCUCGUCUGCCCAGUCCUGAUCCUCCAAGACCAACUCAAAAGCCAGACCACUCUCUUCCAAAUUGCUGUAAUGGGAAUUUUGAUGCAGUGGCUAAUAUCAGAGGAGAGAUCUUCUUCUUCAAGGGCCGAUAUUUCUGGCGGAUCCAGCAGUCAGGUUCUUUGCUUUCUCCUCACCCGGUUUUGAUACAGAAAUUCUGGAUUGGGCUCCCCCCUGGAACAAAAAAAAUUGAUGCAGUGUAUGAGAGGAAGAGUGACAGUCACAUAAUUUUCUUUAUUGGAAAUCAGUACUGGGUCUGUAAAGACACCUCAUGCCUUCCUGGGUACCCACGACCACUCUCAGAGUGGGGAAUGAAGUCACGGGCUGGUUCUGAGAUACAGAGAGUGAACGCCGCUUUUGUGUGGGCUCACAAUGGCAAGACCUAUCUGUUCAGUGGUAGGGAGUUUUGGAGGUUUGAUGAAGGGACUCGAGGAAUGGAGAGAAAGCUGGAUGGAGACUACCCAAAAGAUGCUGCUCUCUGGGGAGAUGUACCCCCUGACCCUGAUGACAUUAUCAGCAAAGGUGAGGUGUAUUUCUUCAAGGGCAACUCCUACUGGGUGCUGAAGAAAGGUGGGAUGGAUCAAGAGGCAGUGGCUUCCAAAUCUAUUGCAGUUGACUGGUUUGGAUGUGCCCCAUCACCACCUGCUACCUAUCCUCCAGCCAAGCCUGGGUGUGAGAACUGCAACUGUGCGAUCAACAGGGCUUUCACAUUGCAGAAUUCCCAUUGGAACAUACUACAUUCCAUCAGCUUUAUUUUUUGGCUUUCAUUAAUUAGGUAAUUAUUUAACCAAAAUGUAUUGCAUUUUUACUGCAUUUUUCAAAUACAAUGUUUUUUUUAUGACACAUGCACAUUUUGUAACAAUGUGCAACAGGAAUAGAAAAGGUAAUGGAAUGUUCAUGAAAGGGAUCCAUGGUUUUAAUCUGAAUGAGGAUAUAAACUAAUGAUCUUGCCAAGAUCCUUAUUUUGAAUCUUGCCAGGAUCCUUGAAAAUUUUGAUAAAGUCCUUAAAGAUCUUAGUUGGGAUCUUUAAAUAUCUUUUUAGAGUCUUUGUAUCUUUGUAUCCUUUCAGGAUCUUAAACAUUCUGGUUUAGAAUCUGUAAAUACGGUAUAUUAUUGCAAUGAUCUAAUUAAUUAUCUUAAUAGGAAAUAUUAAGAUCUUAAUAGGAUCUGGAGCAAUGUAAUUUGAUUCUAUUAAGAUCUGUUUCACAACCGUUUCUUCAAAUUUGUAUCAAUCAAAGCCAGUUCAAGCAAACAUAUCUUUAUUUCAUUAGGAUCCUGAUAUGAUAUAUGAUUUUGCAAUUCUUAUAGAGGAAGCAAACUUGGGUCACAAUAAAAAAAUCUGAACCUCUUGA